CUUGUAGAUAUUACACAUUUUUUUGCUGAGUCAAAACCCAACAAGCAUGGAAUGCUUAAAAGAACCUGCGUGGCAAUCCAACAGAUUGUUUGAGGAGACUAACUGGCGAAUGUUGCAAAAUGAAAGACUUUGUGACGUCACAUUUCUUGUAGGAAGCGGGAAGGAAGAAAAAAUAAUGGCGCACCGAUUUAUAUUAGCAAGUAGGAGUCCAGUCUUCUUUACAAUGUUUUGUGGAUCACUUCCAGAGACCAAUAAAACAGUUGAUGUUCCUGAUAUUGAACCUGCUAUAUUCCGCGAUUUGUUAAGGUUUAUUUACACAGAAGACUGCAGCAUUAACGAGAAUAAUGUAAUGGCUCUACUAUACUGUUCCAAGAAGUAUGGAUUGGAGCGUCUCAGAGAAGCAUGUCAAAAGUUCCUGAACACAAAUUUAUCUUCCGACAACGUUUGUACAAUAUUGCAACACGCAAUUCAAUUCGACGAAGUUCAUUUAGAAAACCGAUGUCUUACAUUUGGGAUGGAGAACGCUGAAAUGGUGUUAAAAUCAGAUGGUCUGUCUACUAUUUCUAAAGAAGUUCUUAAGAAAAUUAUUGAAUCAGAUGAACUUAUUGUAGAUGAAUUAUGUGUAUACAAUGCAUGCAAGAGAUGGGCAAUUGCACAGUGUAAUGGUAAAAGUGAUAAACAUGAGCGCUCAGAGCUAGCACAAAGGGGUAAGUUAGGGGACCUCAUAUAUUCAGUGAGGUUUGCUACAAUGUCGUUCCAAACAUUUGCAGAGAAUGUGGCCAUUGAAGAUAUAUUGACUUCAGAAGAAAAAGUGUUUGUAUUUCAAACUAUUGCAGGAAUAGCUAGCAAGAAAACAUCAUUUCCGUUUCAAGCAAUAUCUAAAAAGCGAAAAUUUAGAACUGAAAUUGUAGAAGUACAAAGAUUUGGACCGAAUUAUCACCAGACAUGGUGCUACGGCGGAAGUCCCGAUGUUUUGAACUUCAAAGUGUCCAUUCCAUGUAAGAUUGUAGGUGUAAGUUUGUUUGCUCCUUAUAAUUCGGAGGAUGUUUUAGAAGGUACAAUGAGUUUGCAAAAUGACACAUCUAUAUUGACAUCUGAAAAUAAUAUAAAGGUAGUGUAUGAAGUGUCAAAGUAUUAUGGAAAUGUUUUGUUUGACAAACCGGUAGAUAUUGAACCAGAUACAGAGUACACUAUAAUCGCCUUACUUAGAGGUGCGAGUACAUAUUAUGGAAGUGAUGGGAAAGUAAAAGUCGUUUCAGGACCACUUGAAGUUGAAUUCUCAAACAACGUUAAAAGUACAAAUAGCACUUCUCAAUCACAAGGACAAUUCCACUCAUUCUCUUUCGAGAUCAAAAAGCAACAUUAAAUUGUGUAUUAUGCAAUUACACAAACCUUUUACGCAGACAAUUAUUUAAUACCUAGUGAUUUUUCAACAACGCAGAUGCAGCAGUGUAUGAAAAAUGUAUUUGUUAAUACGUUACUGUAUUCCGUUGAAUAAAAGCUGUUUUAGUCAGCGAAGGAGUGUUGUUUAAUAGAGAAAUAAAGUUAGAUGAAACACACAUAACCUUGAGUUGCAAAACAAGUUUAAUUCAAAAUUAUUCAAAGUGUGUUUCUUUUGUUUUCUUAAUUGCUUAAAGACGCAUUUUAUAAAUAUAGAAAAAUAUUUUGCCAUCGGUCUUUUUUAUUAACCUUUUGCAUAGUAUUGUUUUAGAUUUAAUCAAAUGUUGUUCGUAAAAUAUUAUUUUAAAAGGAAACAUUCUCGGUAACGUCUACUAAUUAUCUGUACGAAAUCUGCUGUGGUCAUAGUAUUAUUUUUACAAUAGGUUUAUCUCUUAGAUUUGGUUUGCUACUGUAUUGCUAAUCAUGGUCAUGCAACUACAUAGUUAGGUGAAGAAGCAGGCGCUUGUUUUGGUUGAGUCUAUUAUGUUUUGUUUAGGGGGUGAGUUGUCAUACACAAAUUUACAAUUUAUAUGCAUUUAUUUUUUUCCAAUGAUUGUUAUUAUCUUAAAUGCUUCUGGGAUUAUUGUU